UUGAUUUUAUUAAUAGAAAUUUGAAGAGGAAUAUGAAAUUUAUACAAUUGAUUAUUGAAUCCUAAUUUUACAACUGAGUUAUUAUAAAAGCUCCAAAAUUUAUGUUAUUAAGAAGAGAAGAAAAGAAUAUCCUAGGAAUCAUCAUCAUGAUUUUAAGAAUAAAUAUUUAGAGAACAAUUUGGAGGAGUGCUUAUAAAGACAUUGUGAUUCAAGAAAUUACAACUACUAUUAUAACUUUCAUUAUUACUUGAACUUCAGUAUUAUAAAUGCAAAGACAGACAUGCUUUUGAAGUUUGGAUUUUUAUUGCUGCUUGUUUGCAUAGGAUGUGUUUUAUUGUUUGUUACAUUUGUAGAGAGAAGUUUACGUCCACAGACUCCAAAAAUAAAUUUAAUGUAUGUUCAAACAAACGAGAUGGCUGACAAAUCAUCAAGAAUUUCAAAAAUUAUAAUCAAACCACCGUGCAAAGCUACCUUUUUGAUAUGGAUCAUUACAUCUUAUGCGGGUGAACCCUCUGCAAGAAGCGCUUUACGGCGAGCAUAUACGAAUGAGGAGUUGCAGGCUUUAGGAAUCGGAAGAAUAUUCUUACUCGGUACAUUAAGCGGUGAUGCCGAAAGGAAGACGCACGUGUCGCAGAAUGCAUUACUGGACGAAUCACGACGGUUCAAUGACAUACUUCAGGGGGAUUUUGUGGACACUUAUAGAAAUUUAACUCGUAAGCACUUGAUAGGUCUUCAGUGGGCAGCAAAUAAUUGCAAAGGCGUUAAAUAUAUCAUGAAGAUGGACGAUGACAUUGUUAUAAAUGUAUAUGGCGUGUUGGAAAAGUUACGCUCUGGUAUAAUAGAAGAGAAUUCUUUAGCGGGUUAUGUCUUGAAAAAUAUGAUCCCUGUUCGAGAGCCAGCCAACAAAUGGUACGUGAGCAAGGCGGAGUAUGCGGGUAACAUUUAUCCCGAUUUUGUCUCUGGUUGGUUGUACAUUCUGCAUUCAUGGGUAGCAAGUAGACUGAUUGAUUAUGCUGAAUCUUCCCGUGAAUAUUUUUGGAUAGACGACGUAUUUGUGACUGGCAUUCUGAGACAGGCUCUAAACAUAAAAAUUAAUAUCAGUGAAUUAUAUACAACAGAUUAUAGAUAUUUGGAAUGUUGUAUGAAAGGAAGAGCAAAUCUGCUUAAAUGUGAGUUUUUAAUUGGUCCUAACGGCGGCGACGUAGAGUUACAAAUAAGAUUUAAGGCAUUCGCGAAGUUUUGCCAUACAAAUUGUUCUGUUCGUAAAGAAAAUAAUCUCGUCAGUAAAACUUGCGUAGUAGCAUAUAAAGAGCCAAAACUGUACAAUGGUGCUGUGCAGAUAAAUCCAGUUAAAAUUUUAUAAGAGAGUUAAUGAAUCGGUAUGUAAACUAAUGAGCUUAAUAACACUAUAAUAUAUAAUUUUAUUAUA